UUACAUCCGUCCUAUCUUUGACUGAACAAGUUGUGUAACUGUUCGGCCAUAGUUGGUCCCCGCCCUUGUUUCAGUGUGUCAGUCUUCGUUUAAAAAGCUAGUUUGCAAACUCUCCGUGUUUGCACUCCAGAAAGAUGCCCUAACUUUUAAUGCAUUUUCACUUUACAACCAACCCACUCUUGUGACCCCCCCCCCCCGCCGGACAUGGAGCUGGACCGGCGGCUGUUGCUGGCUCACUGCGCCGCUCACGCCCUCUCCAUGGCGGCAGGCUUGCUGGUGGUGGUCCCCAUGGCGCUCAAUGGCUCCGCGUUUAAAGGCCGUUGUGCGCUUUUCUCCACCGGCCACUGGAGAACAGAACCCGGCUACGGUGGAGCAGACACGGGGGUCUUUACCCACCACCGCUUGGUAGUGCAGCAGUGGGGCCCGCCGGCGGCCUGCCAGUUUGCCACUUUCGUGGGUAUUUUCACGGUGCUUUACGGGGCGGCGCAGGGCUGGAGGAGCCUCUUCUACCUCCACGGACGACACGACGACACCUUGUUUUCAUCCUUCCUGACGGUGCUGUUGAGUGUGUGUAUGUUCUUCCUGUCCGGGGGCGCCAGUGUCAUCUUGUCUCUGGGUCUGGCAUCCUGGUGUGCCACGGUGACCGACAACAACACACAACCAUUCAGCUGUGCGGCGUCCCAGUCUGUGCCGCUUUACCUCGACGUGGACACCUCGUCCUUCUACGUGGAACUCAGCCUGGCACAGGCAUCUCUGUGGUGUGUCACGCUGCUGUGGUUGGUUGAGUCCGCCGUGGCCUUCAUGCGUCUCUACCACUCGCACAGCGGUCCGUGUCUCCUGCGGGAGAAGGAGCUGCUGCUGAGGGAGGCCGCCGCGUCCGAGGGCUCCGCCGCUACGCCGUUUGCUCCGGACACGCCCACCGUCUUGGUCUGAUGCCUAACUGUCGCCGAGAGGUUCUUUUUUUGUUUUCUUUUUCCCCACUUUAUAUCCUCUUUAGCUCACGUCGAGUCACUCCACACACUGACGUUGCACUGCUAGCAUGAUUAACUUCCGUGUUGUCACAUGAAUCCAAACACAUGUGUAGCACUGUCGUCUAUAUGUGAAAUAUCUGCGUGUAUUUGAAGAAUAUUUCGUAGUGCAGAACAAUUUCACUGCCACUAAAAAAAACACAGUACUGGGAAUUUGGUUGGAGAAAAUGUUACAGUACUUUAGGAAUAAAGUAUUAAUACUGUGAAAGUUGAAAUAGUUCAAGAAAUUAAAAAAAAACAAUUUGUAAUGUUACAAGAAAAUUUAAUUAUGAAGAGAAAAAUGUUAUUUUACGAGUGUGAAUGUAUAAUAUUAUAGGGAAAAAAAGCAGCUAAAAUAUUACAAAUUUUCUUUAAAAAAAUGCACGUAAAAAAACAAACAAAGUACAUUUUUUUGCAAACAUGGUUGGGUAAGAAGUUGUACCAUUAUGGAUACAAAGUUUAGACAUUAUAGGAAUAAAGUUAUGAAACAAGAAGAAGAAAGAAAAAAGAAAAGCAAAAAUGUGAUUUCAUAGUACUAAUACUCCAUUUUUCUACUCAUACCACAAAGCUGAUUUUUCCUUGAAAUAAUUAUAUGUAAUAUUUUUUUAGCAUUAAACUUAAAUUUUACAGUAUGUGCCCCCCCCCCCACCCUCACCCCCACCCCAUGGGCGGCACUAUAAGACACUAUAUAGUGGAAAUGUCAAUAAGGUGUAUGUCGGAAAACAUGGAAAAACAGCACCAUCUGGUGGACACCGAAAGAGUGACGUUCAUGUCCGCUGCGUUUCCUGCCUGAAUACGUCAUCAGUAUUAACCCGUAGCAUUUUAGCAAAUGUGCUGCUUUUCCUUGUCCUUUUUGUAAACAAACGCAUGGCUGCAUUUACGGAUAUAAUUCCUACCAUAUCUCUGCCACGUUUUCGCUCACCGUUUUGUGAGAUUUACACAUGAAUGUGAAAUAUUCAAACUUAGCGUCGAGAUGCUUUUAUUGUGAAGCAUCCGGCGAAGGGCGGCUCACCGUGUGAGCUUGACGUGCCCUGAACGCCUCGUCACGUGUCUCCCGAUGAAGAUUUGUUGCAAUGACGCUGUCUGUGUGGAUGCGACCCGAGAUGUCAUGAACCCGGAAGUUGAUCAGAGACCGGAAGAACGAGUCUGUAGCGGCAAGGCAACUUUGCGGAGUUUUGAAUAAAGAAAUGAUGCGAAGUUGUUGCCCAUGCAGUCGUGAUGAUGCGCCCACAGCGGAGGGACAAAUCUGAAGAAAAGAGAUUUGACUUUUUGUCAAUUGUAACUGAAGUGUGGAUGUUUUUGGAUCGUUUUGUUGCCGAGCAGGUGUUUAUUUUCUACCUCUUGUCGAACCGAGUCCUGUUCAUGCACUUGUCUAAUAAAAUGCUUGUCAUUUU